GAUCGAUCUGUUUUAAGUGCUUAGUAUAGCAGUGACAAUGGCUAUCGUGAAAUUCAGUGUUACAAUUUUUAUAUUAUUUUCGAUUAAUUACAUUAAUUACGUGGGAUCUUCUUCAUUCUUCAGAGGACAUUUGCUGAAAUACGACAUACCUCCACCAAAAGUUGCAGUUUCAAGGGCUGACGUGACUACAAAUUAUUUUUCGCAAAGGUUGGACCACUUCGAUCCCUCCAAUACAAAUGUUUGGUCACAGAGAUACUACGUGAACUCACAAUAUUUCAAUGCCACUGAAAACGAAGCUAUUUUCUUGAUGAUUGGCGGUGAGGCACAGGCUUCUAUUGGAUGGAUGACAGGUGGAGCGUGGAUUACAUCUGCUGAAAAAUAUGGAGCCCUCCUGAUUCAGCUGGAACACAGGUUUUACGGGGUCAGCCACCCCUUCGAAGAUUUGAGCACGGAAAACUUAAGGUUCCUUUCGAGCCGGCAAGCUUUGGAAGACACAGCGACUUUUAUCACCGCCAUGAAUCAGGAAUAUAACCUCACGAACAGCGCCAAGUGGAUAUUAUUUGGAGGAUCCUACGCUGGAUCGUUAGUAGCCUGGUUGAGGCAAAAGUACCCGCAUCUGGUCCAAGGUGCUAUGUCUUCCAGUGCCCCGUUAUUCGCACAGCUAGAUUUUCCCGAGUACUUCCAAGUGGUUGCGGACGACUUAGCUUCGCACAGUCGGGAAUGCGUCGACGCCGUGAAGACAGCGUAUGUUCGACUUGAAGAUUUGGUAGACAACCCAGGUGAAGAGAACGUCACCGCUCUUUUUAAUCUAUGCGACGAUAUUCUGGAAGUUAACACUGAAUUGGACAUAUCUAAUUUCUUUCAGUCAACUGUUAAUGUGUUCGCUUACGUCGCACAGUACAACAAGAACAGCGCCCUCACGACGACUAUAGACGACUUGUGCGACAUUCUAGUUAACGACGCGUACGGCGACGAACUAGACAGACUAAUUGAAGUAAACAGAUUGUACUACGGAACGGCCUGUGUGGAUUACAAAUAUCAAACUACUUUGGACUAUCUGAACGAUGUGACUAUCACAACUAGUGGAAUGAUGCGUCAAUGGAUUUACCAGACCUGUACAGAGUACGGAUGGUACCAAACAUCCAGCCAAGAAGAACAAGUUUUUGGAACGAAAUUUCCCAUCGAGUCCUACACAAAAAUGUGCGAGGAUGUAUACGGAAUUGAAUUUAACGCGAGCUACAUAAGCGAGCAAAUUGUGAAAACGAACACACACUUUGGUGGAUAUGAUAUUGACGUGAGGAACGUGGUUUCCGUUCAUGGGUCUUUCGACCCUUGGUACCCCAUGGGGAUUGUUGAAACCACCAAUCCAGAGUCACCAGUUAUAUUUAUCGAAGGUACCUCUCACUGUAUGAACAUGUAUGCCAACUCUGCAAACGACCCACAGGAACUAAUUGAAGCCAGAGAAAAAGUUGACAGAUUAAUAGGGGUCUGGUUAGGAGUCGAGUCUUCAGGAGUUAGCAGUUACCUUACUUCGUCCAUAAUAAACGCAUUGUUGUUAACUAUAAGUAGUUUGUUUAUAAGCAAACUGUAGUUUUAAGCAAUAAUGAAUUAAAAUUACAAAUAUGUUUGUUCAUAAUUCAAUAAAAGUGGAAUUAAAUAA